CCCAGCCGGCCGGCGGCGGAACUGCUGGGCCCGUCUGCUGCUGCAGUGGUGGAGGUUUGUUUUCGCUGCACCGACCGCGAGCAAUGGACGUGUUUUUAAUGAUCCGACGUCAUAAGGCGACCAUUUUCACGGAUGCCAAGGAAUCCACCACCGUCUAUGAACUGAAGCGCAUCGUGGAAGGCAUUUUAAAGAGGUCACCUGAAGAUCAGAGGCUUUAUAAGGAUGAUGUUCUUCUUAACGACAGUCAAACUCUUGGAAACUGUGGCUUCACAAAUCAGACAGCCCGACCUCAGGCCCCGGCCACCGUGGGAUUAGCUUUUCGUCUCAGCGAUGAAUCAUUUGAGCAGCUGAGGAUCGAGCCCUUCUCCACUCCUCCAGAGCUUCCCGACGUCAUGAAACCCCAGGAUUCAGGCAGCACAGCCAACGAGCAGGCUAUACAGUGAGGGAAGAGACAGGGACAUGAGAGGGACACGAGGGAGGUCAGAGGGAGGACACGGGGGAGGGCAGGGGUGCAUUUUGGGAAGUGAUGUCUCAGUGAAGUUAUCCCAUGCCAACGACAGAUGUUCAGCGGGGCAUGGACAAACACAAACACAGAUUCCCUUUGUAAAUUUGAGGGUGCUUCAAAGUGGCUAAUUUGUCCUCAAAUUGUUGAAAGCAUGAUAAAGUAAUAACUUCACACCCUUCAGAGAUACCCGACGGACUUGUCACAACACUGUCAGUCAUCCAUGGAUUGGUAACGGCUGAACUUGAGACUUGUACCUCUUAUUUAAUGAAUUCUAGUCUGUUUUUGGAGUAAGGUUAAAGCUGCCUUACUUUAUGGUCUUUAUUUUGCUGGCUUCAAAGUCGAAGUUGACAAGAUGUGUCAUUUUUAGGCUUUUUUGUUUGUGUGUUUCUUUAUUAAACUAUAAGAUUAA